AUGAAUCAACAAUUUAGAGUGGAAUACUUGAGAAUCAAACCUUAUCGGUACCGUAGAUUACCCUCACUUAAUGCCACAGGCAGUCAAAUUUUCAAGUACAGAGAGAGUUAUAGGUUAGUCUCUCUUAAGAAAUGGUUACAUCGAGAACUAAGAAGAAUUUAGUAAAACCGAUGCUGGUAUACAUGCUAAUUAUUCUCUAAGUAAGCUCUGUCACACAAAAAAGAGGAUAGCAAGAACUUCUAUCAUCAUUCUACUAUCUACAAUGUAAAAGAGUUUAAGGAAUUGAGCAAACUUUAAGAGUAACUAUAUAUUAUGAUAUUUAGUUAUCAAGAACCUAAUCUUACUAAAUACACAGAAUUGUAGACUAAAAUUAUGGUUGCUGAUUUCAAAAAGAAAGUAGAUGCAUUCCUAUAAAAAAACAAUUACAAGACAAAUAUGAUUGGUAGUAAAAUAACUUCUUCAUUACAUGAAUUGGAAUCAUUUCAAUCUACAAAUAAUGAAGAAUAGCUUAAUAAAUCUCUUUGUUCUAAUAAAUAUACAAUUAGAACUGAAUGUAAUUAAUCCUAAUUAUUUUAGAUAAAUCCAUGAAAGCAACUGAAAUACUUGUAAUUAGUAAUAAUAAGGUUGUCUCGAGAUAGAUUAUAUCAAGUGAAUUAAUUUAACAAAGACUGCUUAAAUAAAUGGAAAAAUUUCUUAAAGAUGAUAGAUUUAAUUAUGAUCUAAAGUACCCAUAUAUUUUUAUUAGAAUGCAAACUAUGAUAGAUUAAUAUGAAGAUAUUGUCAAUAAAAUUAGACAGUAGGCAUAUACAAUUAAAAUUCCAUAGAGUUAUGAAAUUUAAAUGAGUGACUACAAUGAGUUUUAUUAUAAAAAAGAAGAACCUUAGAUUCCAUCUUUAAAUGAUAAAUUGGAACUCUUGGCUGAUUAGAUCAUACAAGAAAUCUAACAAUCAAGACAAUCUACACCAUAAAUGUAAAAUCAAAUUAAUGAAGAGCAACAGGAAGAUAGUUCACCAUAUAUUGAUGAGGUAGUUAAAACUGAACCUGUUUAUUCAAAAGAAGAAGAAAUUGCAAAUUUAAAUAAUGAAUAAGUUUGUGAAAGAAAGAUAUCACAUAGAAAAGGAAAGCCAAGAAAAAAAUAAUAAUAAUAAUAAUAAUAAUAAUAACAAUAAAAAUAAUAAAAUGAAUCUACAUCUGAUAAUAAUAAUUAAAAAUCUUAAUAAUCUAGCUAAUCAGAAUUACCUGAUAUUUCUACUUCUUAAUAAUUUCAUCAUUAAAGAGAAAUAAGAGAAAAAAAAAAUAAUUAAUAAAUUUAAUAACCAAUUUAAAUUUAAUAAUAAAUUAAUGUUAAUACUGAAAUUGAAUAUUAACAUGAAAAUUAACAAACACAAAAUCAACAUAUUGUUUAGAAUAAUAAUAAAAAGCAUCAAACAAUAGAUAAAUAAAAAGGAAAGGUUCACUCAAGAAAAAUAACAGGAGAUACUGUUGGUUAAAGAUAAGUCCCUAUAUUUUUAGAAGUUCCAAAAGAAUAAAUUUUAGAGACCUUAAGUGAAAAGUCAUAAGAUGAAACUUAAUAAUUUGAAGAAGUUUAAAAUAAAAAACAGUAAUCACCAAAAUAAGAGCAUAAAGAGAUUAAAUAAUAAGUAGAAAAUUAAAAAUUAGAUGUUUAAGACCUUUAAAAUGAUUAAGAAGAAGUAAAUUAAUAAAUUGAUCCCCCUGUAAUAUAACCAAUUAUUCAACCAAUCUCAAAUAAUAAACCACUACGCAACCAAGAAUAAAGAGAUGCUGUUGAUAUUUGGGAUAAUAGUAUACCUUCAGUAAUCAAACCUGCUCCUAAACCUAAACCAGUUUAAUAAGAGAUUAAAAAAAUAGAAUAGAAAUAAGAGGAAAAUAAUGAUGUAAAUUAGUAAUAAAAAGAAGAUAUAGUCUUAAAUUAACGAAAAGACUCAAUAAAUUCAGAAAAAUCAUAAAUACAAUAAGAAAAUAUUAAUGAAUAAACUUUAAAACCUAAUCCAAGUUUAGAUAUAUCAUAACCUUAAUAAAUUAAGGAAGAUUCUUAAACUAAAUCUAUAAUAUAAGAAAAUAAGUCAAUUGUUAAAAAGAAAGUUUAAGAUUAAAAAGAAAUAAACUCUAUUAAAAUAUAAAAGUAGAUUGUUGAAUAAAAAGAAUAAUAAGUAGAUGAUCAUAGUAAAAUUGAUUACUAAUAGAUUAUUAAUGAAAAAAUGAAAUUAAUUGAAUAAAAACUACAAUAACCUUGUCUUGAUAUCAUAGAUAUUUUAUUAGCUUCGGAUUUAGUAUAUAAUGUAAAUAUUGAAAAUUAUAAAAUCUCCAAAACAUAUAAAAAGUAAGUAAAUCAUCCAAAAUUUAUUUUUGAAUAGAAGGAUGAAGAAGAAGUUUUUUCUCAUUAGUAAAUUCAUUAUUUAAUUUAGGGUAAUUUGGAGACAUGAAUUAUAAGAAGUAAUACCAAAAUUGUAAAAUUUAAAUAAACAAAUUGAGAUUCUAAUUGAUGAAAAUGAUGACUAUAAAGAAAAUAAUUGUUAAAAAAUAGAAGAAGAAAAUGAUGAAUCUGAUAAUUGA